AUGACAGGAGCACGUUCUGAUCACACAGCAACUUUACUCAGUUCAGGUAAAGUACUUAUCACCAGUGAUGCNCCAUCCAAUCGUUGUUAUCAAGUAGAUGAAUUAUUAGAUUCAUCGAUUAUGUCGUUAUCGUAUAUCAAACGUAUCAAAUACUAUAAUCGUCCUUGUGAUAUUCUUGAUGUUCGAUGUUUCUUCGAUGAAUUUCACGUUUGCCUUUGUGAUAAUAAUGCUUUUCUUGAUUGUGUUCGAUUUGAUCAUUCAGAGAGUUCUUGUCCAACUGACGAGAUAACUUGUUUGAAUGAUGGUCGAUGUUAUCAACCGAUGCAAACAACGAUCAAUUUCGAAUUUGCUUGUGUUUGUCCGGGUUGUUACUUCGGAGAUCGAUGUCAGUUCACAAUGACUAAAUACACCAUUUCUUUAGACGCUCUACUCGAUCAACAUAUUCUUAUUGGCAGAUCACUCUCGGAACAAUUACCACUUAUUCAUUGGAUGGUGGCCAUCGUUGUAAUUCUUGUUGUUGUCGACUUCCUUACUAAUGGACUUUGUAUUCUUACAUUCGCACAAAGAACGACACGUAAAUUAGGAUGUGGAUGGUAUUUGUUGAUUAUUUCGAUUGUGAGUGAGUUGGGAAUCGUUAUUUGUGGAAUAAGAUUUGUCUAUCUUUUACAAAUACGAUUGAAUUCGUUUGGUACAACGAACAAAACAUUCUUGUCACUAUCCUGUAUUUUAUUGGAACUUUUCUUAUCGAUUUUACCAACGAUUAACGAUUGGUUAAGCACUUGCGUUACAGUGGAAAGAACAAUCAUAGCUGCGCAUGGUGUAAAAUUCAAUAGAAGGAAAAGUGUUUAUUAUGCGAAGAUUGUUAUUCUAUUUGUUGUAGUGAUAAAUGUUGUGAGUGCGUUGCAUAAACCGUUUCAUCGCCGUUUAGUCAUCGACUCCCAGCAUGGAAAUGACGUAUUCGCGUGUGUUGCUAAUCAUUCUCAACAACAAUGGAUGAGUUUAUAUGAGAUUUUUAUCAAUUUAUUUCAUUUCAAUAUUUGUUUUGAUAAUAAUUCUCGUGCGUCGUAA